AUGCAUACGGCAAUAGUAAAAUCGUGUCUUGCUUAUGCCCGUGAGCGAAGGGCGGAGCCAGUUUUGUGUCUAGCGGAGAAGUCCGAGUGCGGGCCGCUGAGCGAGAAGUGGGAUGAGUUGCCGCUUUUUUUCCGCAUUCUCGUGACGGCGCACCUUGUACAGAACGACGUGGUCAACGCGACGUGGGCGGUGCAGCGGUGGGGGAGGGUACCGGCGCGCGACGACCAGCAGGCGGGGGGCUAUGGGCGCACGUUGCUGGAGAAGGUUACUUGUCAUUGCGGUCGCUGCGCAUAUGGGGAGGCGUUCCGGGAAGUGUUGGGAGGCGUUGUCAGCGGGGCGGGGGACGACGUGGAGCACCUCAGGUGCUGGUUGCUUGACUACCUGGCGGCGCGGCACGUUCACCAGCGACGGACGUUUUACGGUGAGUCUGGCACCUUGGAGCAGCUUGCGGCGGGUCUUGGCGUGCCGGUUGCAGAUUUGGAGGCGCGGCUGCAACGUGUUCGACAGGAUGAACUACGGCGUAUUGAGUGCGAGUCAUCGGACGGCUCGUGGGAGCAGAUACACGAGACGCUGUGCUGCAUGGUGCAGGCCGGAAAGGCCGUUUAG